AUGGGUUCCCACGCUGCUCCCCAAUAUGUGCCGUCGGAGACAAGGCUUUUCAAGCCAUUGAAAGUUGGCAAUGUUACCCUUGAACACCGAAUCGCGAUGGCUCCUCUGACUCGCCUCCGAAGCGACGACAAUCACGUCCCAUUGCCUCUGAUGGAAAAGUAUUAUGCAGACCGUGGUUGUGUACCAGGGACUUUGGUAAUCUCUGAAGCAACCGCCAUCGCCCAUGAAGAGGAAGGGCAGCGUAGCAACCCCGGAUUCGUGAGUGAGGCUCAGACCGAAGCCUGGCGCAAGAUUAUCAGCGCCGUCCACGCCAAUAAGUCAUUUUUCUUCCAGCAGAUCUGGGGAAUGGGGCGAGCAUCGGACCCGAAACAUCUGGCAGAGCGGGGAUUCCCGUACCGAUCAAGUAGCAAUGUUCCCAUGAAAGGGAUCGAUGUCGAACCGACUGCCUUGACCGAGGAGGAGAUUCUACAGAUUAUCCAGAGCUUCGUCGACACCGCCAAGCGUGUUGUCGCCGCUGGCGGUGAUGGUGUCGAGAUCCACUCCGCCCAUGGAUAUCUUCUUGAUCAAUUUCUCACAGCCGGCGUCAACAAGCGCACUGACAAGUGGGGUGGCUCUAUCGAGAACAGAGCUCGUUUGACACUGGCGGUUCUCAAGGCAACUUCCGAAGCCAUUGGUGCCGAGAAGGUGGCUGUUCGCUUUUCCCCAUACGCAGGCUUCCAGGGCUCCGAAAAGAGUGAUUCCGUCGAGCUCUAUUCCUACAUCAUUUCGGAGAUUAAGAAGAUGGGUCUGAAGCUUGCCUAUAUCUCACUGGUCGAAGCCACCGGUGAUCCCGGAGCUAUCGUCCGAGGUGACAAAGCCAUCAAUGUCGGCAAGACUCUCGACUUUAUUCUCGAGGCCUGGGAGAACCGCUCACCCGUCAUGGUGGCGGGUGCCUACACACCGGAGAGUGCUGCUAAGGCUGUUGAGGAGCACUAUAAACACUGGGACGUUAUCGUGGCUUUCGGACGGCAUUUCAUCUCCAACCCAGAUCUGGUCUUCCGGGUCAAGAACGGUAUUCCUUUAGCACCUUACAACCGUGCCACCUUCUAUCUCCUCAAGCAGUGGGAGGGAUAUAACGACUAUCCAUUCAGCCCCGAGUUCUUAGCUGCUCAUCCAGAGGCUGUUCACCCCAUGACCGAAUAA